CCAAGCAAUGGUUACUAUGGCAGCUCUAUGGAAACCUAGGGACGCCAGAUAGCAGGAAGUGACUAAAAUAGCGCGACUUCAGCGUUGUGCGCGGCGGUUGGGAUUUUCCAGUUUUUAAAGAGGAUUAACUUUCUUGUUACUGAACCCAAGACGCUCGAGGAUAACAAAGGACACAGUAUUGUUGUUUUCGCCGUAUUUCUCAUGGCUGUUUAUGAAGUUUAUGCCCACCCUGCGCUGCUCAGAUAUAAAACCAGCAUUUGCACGAAAGCCACUCUGUUUGUCAUCAUUGUACUGUGCCUUACCUACAUACCGCCUUUGCUUGUAGCAUACAGGAGCCAAGGUUUCUGGCUGAAGCGGAGCACGUACGAGGAGCAGCCGACUGUCCGGUUCCAGUACCAGAUUCUGCUGAUCGCUGCGACAAGCACCGGCGGAGACUAUGUGGCUUGGAGCACCUUCCCGAACUUCAACAACUUGCAGGGCAGUAAUCUGCGAAUCCCUUUCGUAUCGGUUCGCGAGGAGGACCGAAAUCAGGACGGGAAGUUGGACCGUCUGAAACUUCGCCUGGAGCUUCCGCUGAGACCCGACGAGCAAGUUUAUAGCGUGCAGCUCUUGCUCACGUUUUCCUAUCAGUUAUUCAGGAUGUCCACAGUGCUGAUGCAGACCCUGCUGUACGUGCAGCAGUCCUCCCCUGUCCCCGGCUCUCAGCUCUACGUAAACGGAGACCUGCGCUUGCAGCAGAGGGCCCCGCUCGCCCACCGCGGUGUGGACGCCGCCUACAACGUGUCCGUCAUCGAUGGGAACAGCCCCUUUGCCAGCUCCUACGACCUGGUCAACAUCAUGGAGUCCUACCAGGAGAGAAACCUAACUACAGUUCUGACCAGUCCAGGCCCAGUGUGGACUGUGGGUCGAGCAGCAGGGGCCCCGUUCCAAAUCAAUGCUGUGAUCCGCUACCCUGUGGAGGUCAUCAGCUACCAACCCGGCUUCUGGGAGAUGGUGAAGUUUGCCUGGAUUCAGUACGUCAGCGUGCUCCUCAUCUUCCUCUGGGUCUUCGACCGGGUCCAAACCUUCGUCUUUCAGAACCAGGUCCUACCAACUGUGCCCAUCCCCCUCUGCAAACAGCACCCGUACUAGUCCAGCCCACUCCAGGUCUGGUCCAAUUCGUUUGUGGGCCUGACGUGUUCAGCCUAUACUCCACACUGCAGGGACGCUUCCGUUUACACACACACACACACACACACACAAACGGAUGUACUGCAGGCUUACGGGGACCUCAGCUGAAUACCCUGGCAUGAGUCAUAUCCUGACUGUUCCCUCUCGCCUGUGAGCUGCACUGCUGUCUGAUGAUCACUGUAAAAACCAAAAAAAAAUGUAAAUCGCUGUAAAUAUUCUUUUUGCAUUUCUCUUUUUUAAAAUAAGUUUUGGUGAAUAUAAUGUGUUUAUUAAACACAAGGCUUGUGCUUUUGACCUUG